AUGAUUGCUGGGAGGUGGAGUGCCUCGGCCGGGGCCUGCGCGGGGGGGGGGUCAGUUGGCAUCGGCGCCGACGCGGACGCCGGUCGUGGGACGGCGAUGCCUCAUCGCGGAGGCGGGGGGAGCGGCGGCGCUGAGCCGCGCGACGUGGCGCUCGCGUGCGCCUGGACGUCGGCGUCACUUGCCGUCGCCACGCGCCCAGCUGGCGCCGCGCCCUUCGCCGCACGCCCUCCACCCGCUCGUAUUGUUUUCAAUAGAAUUACUUUUCGGGUGAGUCCCAGAGUUCCGUCUCUCCAAGCAAUCAACGCAAGAGCCUUUGAAGGAGCCAUCCUUUAUGUGAGUUGUGAAUUUGAUGCAGACUUCUCUUAUUUGAGUGACGCUGCUUCGGAUGUUCAUGGCUUUAUUAGAGAAGAUGUACUCGAGUGGAGUGACCUAUAUGAAGAAGCACCAAUAGAAGGUUCCUUCCUGCCUCAUUUGUGCAAAACUUUGGGUCCACACAUAGGGUAUAGGGAGAUAUCGGACCCAGGAAAUCCACCGCAGCAGCAGCAGCAGCAGCAGUGUGUCGGCGGCGUGCGCGAGGUGGGCGCAGGGCGCGCGAGCGUUGGCGCUGCCGAGUUAGGCGGUGCGGAGCGAUCAGGUGGCGGCCGCAUUCCUGGACGAGCGCUCCCCUCCCUCUCUUAUCCCCUCCUCUCCCCUCCUCUCGUCUCCGCUCAGCGCCGCCCGCGGAAUACCGCGCCGCUGGUCAAGGCCCGCUGCGGCACGGCGCGGCGCGGCGCGGGCGCGGGCCCCGAGGACGUCGGCCCCGCGGUGCGUCUGGCGGCGCGGAGCACCUGCGGCAGCGCGCGCUCACGAGGCGCCGUGGAGGGGCACUGCGACCGACAGCGCUUUAGAGCUUAA